UAAGCGAAGCUAAGAUCUUGAGGCAGACGGUUUCCACUUAGACGUCCGGAUGAGUAACAGCGCCAUGGUGGCCGUGGCCAUUUGCUGCAUCUUGGUGCUCCUGGCGGUAUUCAUUGUCAUCAUCAUAGUGGUGGGGCAGCAGUUCGAGGAGCCCAAAUGAGACAUGCUCCAGCUGGGACCUGGCAACUUCCCAGAUGGAUAACAGAGAUCGACUAACUGCUAAUUGCCA